GGCCUGGCCUGGGAAUUUUCUGCUCGCUUCCCAUUCUUCCUAUGCAGACAGACACACAACAUGGCGGACUAGAAUAGUCGACCGACGCGCCCGGAUACAGCGGAUAAACUGUGGGAUUUACCGUCCCGUGGGGCAGAGAAAGAACCUUCCGACGAGACGACAUACGCGGGGAAAUCGUUGUGUUUUUUCGGAGGGGUUCCUUCUUAGUCUGGAUUUAGCAGAAAAACUGACUGCGAAGUGUUGGCUGUGUGUCCCAGGUCGUGCUUCCCUCCUCUGCUAUCACCCAGAGCCCCCCACCCCGCUCACUCUCGGUUCUUGGGGUGUGGAGACAGCGGCCGGGGUUGAAAAACGUGGAAGAGAAAGAGCAGAUCCAUUCCCACUGGGCCUUGAUUUUUCUCCCCCCUUUAAGGGUUUCCACCGGCCGCUGCAGGAGUUUUCGGACCACGCUGUGCGAAUGAGUGAUUGAUGCCAACUUCGCUUCUUCAGGGCAGAAUGGGUGUGUGUCCCCUGCUCUUGCUGCUUGGUGUAGCCUUGGGGGCCUCAGCCCAGGUUCAAGCCCCCAUCACAAGUCCUCCAAAUGCCACAGCCAAGCCCACAGACCCGCCUACAGCACCCUUCCUCAACGACACGGUCCCACAUGCACCAGCCGCCCCCGAUCCACCCACAACACUUGCCCCCCUAGUAGUCGUGCCGACAACAGUGACAACAACAACAGUCACCACAACAACCGCAAGCCCAGCUGGCAACGAAGACCCCCAACCUUCUGGUCCCAAUGGCACUGUACAAGUGUUACCAGUUCCUCCUCCACCAACUCCAAAUCCUACUGAUCCCCCUGAGGCACCAACAACCACAGAGCCCCCACCUCCUUCUACUACGGCAGAGGAUGAGACAGCCUUUAGUACAGGCUCAGCACCUCCAGAGACUGACCCUAGCGUCACUGAUGAUGUCGACACCACCACCAUAUCCAUAAUAUCCACCUCAGAAAAACCCCCAGAUGACAAUUAUGAGGACAUGCCAAUCAUAGCUGUCAUGGUGGCCCUUUCCUCCCUGCUGGUCAUCAUCUUCAUCAUCAUCAUCCUUUACAUGCUCAGAUUUAAGAAGUACAAGCAGGCAGGAAGCCAUUCAAACUCCUUCAGACUGACCAAUGGCAGAUCAGAUGAUACAGAGCUCCAGAGUGUGCCGCUAUUGGCCCGAUCACCCAGCACAAACAGGAAGUACCCACCCCUUCCCAUAGACAAACUUGAGGAAGAAAUGAACCGUCGGAUGGCUGACGACAACAAGCUCUUCAGAGAGGAGUUUAAUGCACUGCCGGUCUGCCCCAUUCAGGCAUCAUGUGAUGCUGCUUCCAAGGAAGAGAAUAAAGAGAAGAACAGAUAUGUCAACAUACUGCCAUAUGAUCACUCCCGGGUGCAUCUCUCAUCUCUGGAAGGAGUUCCUGACUCUGAUUUCAUCAAUGCCUCCUUUAUAAAUGGUUACCAAGAGAAGAAUAAGUUUAUUGCAGCUCAAGGGCCAAAGGAGGAAACUGUAAAUGACUUCUGGCGGAUGAUCUGGGAGCAGAAUACAGCCACCAUCGUCAUGGUGACUAAUCUGAAGGAGAGAAAAGAGUGUAAGUGUGCACAGUACUGGCCGGACCAGGGCUGUUGGACAUAUGGGAACAUUCGUGUGUCUGUAGAGGACAUGGUGGUUCUGGUGGACUACACAAUCCGCAAGUUCUGCAUCCAGCAGGUGGGAGAUGUCUCUGGGAAGAAGCCUCAAAGGCUCGUCACCCAGUUCCACUUUACCAGCUGGCCAGACUUCGGGGUGCCCUUCACUCCCAUCGGCAUGCUCAAGUUCCUCAAGAAAGUCAAGACCUUCAACCCCCAGUACGCUGGCCCCAUUGUUGUACACUGCAGUGCGGGAGUGGGGAGGACAGGUACCUUUAUAGUGAUCGAUGCCAUGUUAGACAUGAUGAACGCGGAGAGGAAGGUGGACGUGUUUGGUUUUGUCACUAGGAUAAGAGCCCAACGCUGUCAGAUGGUCCAGACAGAUAUGCAGUACGUUUUCAUCUUCCAGGCGUUGUUAGAGCACUACUUGUAUGGAGACACAGAGCUGGAGGUCACCUCGCUGGAGUCCCACUUGGCUAAGCUCUAUGCCCCUUCACCUGGAGCUGGCUGCAAUGGCCUAGAGGCUGAAUUUAAGAAACUAACAUCCAUCAAGAUUCAGAAUGACAAGAUGAGAACAGGCAACCUGCCUGUCAACAUGAAGAAGAACAGAGUACUACAGAUCAUUCCCUAUGAGUUCAACAGGGUGAUCAUUCCAGUCAAACGAGGAGAAGAGAACACUGACUAUGUCAAUGCCUCCUUCAUUGAUGGCUACCGGCAGAAAGAUGCAUACAUGGCAAGCCAGGGCCCCCUACAGCACACUAUAGAGGACUUCUGGAGAAUGAUCUGGGAGUGGAGGAGCUGCUCCAUAGUCAUGCUUACUGAGCUGGAAGAGAGAGGGCAGGAAAAAUGUGGCCAGUACUGGCCGAGUGAUGGAGUGGUGGCCUAUGGGGACGUCUCUGUCGAGCUUAAAAGGGAGGAGGAGAGUGAGAGCUACACAGUGCGUGAUCUCCUGGUUACCAACAACAGGGAGAACAAGGCUCGAGCUGUGCGUCAGUUUCAUUUCCAUGGCUGGCCAGAGGUGGGCAUCCCUACAGAUGGCAAAGGCAUGAUCAACAUAAUAGCUGCAGUGCAGAAACAACAGCAGCAGUCCGGCAACCACCCCAUCACUGUGCAUUGCAGUGCUGGUGCUGGCCGGACUGGGACUUUCUGCGCACUGAGUACAGUUCUGGAGAGGGUGAAGGCAGAGGGCAUCUUGGAUGUCUUCCAGACAGUGAAGAGUCUCAGACUGCAGAGACCCCACAUGGUGCAGACACUGGAGCAGUAUGAGUUCUGCUACAAAGUGGUCCAAGAAUAUAUCGAUGCUUUUUCUGACUACGCCAACUUCAAGUAGGGACCUGCCAUGGGUGGAUGGACAUCCACACACACUUAUUACAUGCAUAAGCGCGUAUCAGACAACACACGUACAUUGUCAUGCAGAAAGCUGCAUAUUCCCCAUCUGGUGGAUCUCUCAGAAAGACUCAAUUUUACUUGAUCUGUGGAUGGGAGGAACUGGCCCGCAGGAAAAGGGAACAGAGGUCUACGCCCGAAAGACAGGGCAGUGCAGUUGGACAUAAAAAAAAAAACUGAGAUGCCUUCUUGAAUAUUUUGUAAUGAUGUUAAUACAGCCCUUCACCUUUUAUUUGCUUUACUUUUUCACCCCCAAUAUGUAUAUAUACUUACUGUGUUGCAUUUUAUUACAUUGGUUUUGGACACAGUUUUGAGUCUGGCUGCAUUUUCGAGUGGCACCUGUAAUGUAUUUUAUUGGUAUAUAAAGAUAUAUAAAAAUAUAAAUAUAUAAGUAUAAAUAAAAUGUUUUGGUGGCUAAUGUGCAACAUCAAGAGUCAAGAUGAGGACGUUCGUGUUUUUUUUUUUUUAAGUAACUUUUUAGGGACAGACUUCAGAUAUUUUUGACUUUGCCUGAGCCUCGCUGCAGCAGUAUGUGUGGUAGCAGAAGUUUCUAAUUCACCUACAAAUCCUGGGCUGUUUUCCUCUGCUGGUCAUUCGCUGGUCACACAAAAAAAACUAUCUUCAAGACAUUUGCAGUUUAGCUUUGUUUCAGGUGUUCACAGGUCACUCACCUUGGGAAAUCAAAAUCUGUGAUGUAGCUCAUAUUCUCAGGUUUUCAUACACACACACACAACGACAUGCCUAAUAUCCGGAGUCUUUUUUUUUUCUGGAAUCUGUGUGUGUGUUUGAACCGGAGUAGAAGCUGGCAGACUAAACUUUGUGUUUUCACAUCAUUGUCUUCAGUUUGCAAUGUUGAAAAAGUCUUUCGCUCGUCUAGUUCAUGUAGCUCUGCAGCCUGAGAGACCAGCAGCUGUGUUUAGACUCCUAAAACAAGGAGGCUGUUUAACACUGCAGGGAUCAGGAAUGAACACAUUCCUGGAUUAAAACAGGAAUUGAGGAUAGUUUAAAAGAUUUUUGUGCCCCAUAAAUCAGAGAAUAUAAGACCUCUCUAAAACCAUUAGUCUGUUACAGUAUGUAGCUGUGUCCUUUUCAUUGACCAGCCAAACCAGAAACACAAUCACUAAUAACUCCAUUUUUUUCAUUAUAGAAAUCGGCUAAUCCCAAAUACACAGCAUGUUUUACUUGUUUACAGACGUACGUCAGUGUUUCUUUUGGACUGUGUCAAGUAUUUUUCCUCCGUGUGGGUCUUCUUUGUGUUUCCUGGGAUUAACUGCCUUUUUUUUUUAAAGAUCAGAAUCACAUCAUUUCAUCUGCCACUCCUUUAGAGAACAAUGCCCUUUUUAUUUUUCCAGAUGAAUACUGCUGCACAAGAGUUUCUUUUCAUCCAGAUGCUGUUGCUGACAGAUUCCAUAAAGAUGGAUGACUUGUUACUUUUAUAGUGGAGGCCUGCUAUGCCGUGUUUGCUCAGAUUAUUUCAUCUUAAUGGAAGUCCUGUGAGGACUGUUGACCUACAGUGUUUUUAUUCCAGCCCAGGUCAUUAUAGAGGCCUCGGCCUUUUUGAUUGUAAUGAAAGAUAAAUGAUGUCAUUUAACCGCAGGGUCGGUCCUAAUUUCAGCUCAGUCAACUCAGGAAAUGACUGAUGCUAGCAAUGUUUAACUGUACUAAUUGAACAAAUUCACCAUGAGGUUCUCUCCAUGAGCGACUGUGGCUCCCACCAAAGUGAAGGUAUUUAGAUCAUUUCCCUUGGCUGGAAUUUAACUUCAGAGCCAUCUAUUUUUAGGAUUUAUUCAAGCGGUUUCAACCAUUCUUGAUGUAGACUUUAACUGAAAGCAUAUUGUUCUUAUGCACAAUCUACAUUUCUCUAACACUCCCAUAUUUAUUAACUUUUACUAAAGGAAUGAGCACAAUCAAAUGUAUUUAUUGCAACCGUUAUUAAAGAUUACAUGUGGAGCAAUGAGAAAGGGCAAUUGCAUCAAUGUUGAUUGUUUGAACACUCAUGCGCUAUUUGCACCAAAAGCAAAGCCCUUAAAAAAAAGAAAAAAGGAAAGAGAAAAAAAACGGAAAGAGAAAAAAAACGGAACCAAAUGAGAGUUGAGGUCAGAAUGAUGAAAUGGUUUUGCAUUUAGAACAUGGAAGCUGUAUGUAACUCCUCAGAAGCUCCUCCAGGUCUCAGAGCUGAAACUUGGCUGUUUGUGCAUCCUCGUCUUCAUGUCAGGUCUUCCUUCUUUCCAAAGCAUCACAAGUGCCCACACUCAUAGUUAAGUGCCAUCAAUCUCUUCUUUCAUUUCCAUCGCAGCUUGCUUGGUCUUUAAUUGACGGGUGAAGAAGCUUAGCUGUGUGCAGCCUGCGCUUAAACUGCAUGGGUUUGUUGUGCUGAGUCACAAUGUCUCACUGCAGUUUGAUAGCCAAUCAUGACACUGUGCCAUCCGUGGAAUGCUUUAUGAUUCAAGCUAAAAAAAAUAUUAAAAAAGUGCCUCAUUGAUAGGCUUUUGAAAGUAAUUAUUUCUCCAAAUUUCCUUGAAUUUGUGGAUCAGCCAUUGUCAACUGGGUGCAUUUCCGCAGCUAUCUUCUGAGGAGCAGUAAUAAAUGCUUUGUGUGAGACAAAUCGGGGGCCAAGACCAAGACCGGUUAGCCAUUUUUUUUAUUCACAUUCCGUUAAGUUGCAUAUAUGUGAAUCUCUUCAUUGAGAAGAUGAAACUAAUACAGAGACUCGUGUCAUUAACGUAGUGGCUUCAUUUCAUUCCAUAUCAAUCGAAUGUGAAUCCAUAACAAGUAAUCAGUUGUGGGUUCCUAAAUUUCGAGAAAACGUAUAAAUUAAAAAUAGUUUCAUAUUUUAUCAUCAAUAAAAAAAACAUUUGUCUCCUUUUUUCUGGGAGUUCGGUCCCAGUGGAGUGUUUUGAAUGCUCCAGAAAAAUCAAAAUCUUCUCAAAGUCUAAACAGAGAGACCACAGAAAACUAGAAUCCAACGUCUGUCUUCUUGCCACCUUUGUUGUCCUUCUUGUCCUUUGUUUCCUCUCCAGCUCCAUUCACUGCGGUCAACAUGUUUCUUUCUUUCACUUUGUCUUUGGACCAUUUUUCGCCGUGGUUUCCGACCCCUACCUGCCUCCCUUUGUACAUAAUGUAAGGUUAUUUAUAUUUCAUUCCUGCCUGCUGCCUUGCUUAUUCUGCCCCAUUUUUUCUUUUUUCUUUUUUUUUUUUUUUAACAGAUGUAUAUUGAAGUGUAUCGGGACCAUUUUGAAAUGUAUUAGAUGUUUUUGUUUUGGCCAUCUUUAAUUUGGUAUAAUUGUCUUACACAAAUUCAUUUUUUUCCCCUUUUUUGCUGAAGUUGGUUUCUAGUGUUUUGUUAUUCAACAUUUGAAUAUAUGUAUAUAUAUAAUUAUAUAUAUGAUGAAAUUAUAUAUAAUUAUAUAAUGCCAAAUGGCCUUUCUAAGCAAGAUACUGUUGAAAACUUAAUAAAGUGCUUGAGAUUUUAA